AUUUCCAUACAAAAUAUCUUUAUCUCAAAAGAAAAAUGGCUAUGGCAAUUGAAAUGAAGCAUCUUACUGCUGUUUGUGUUAUAUUCUGGACAUGUGCGUUCCCAGCCAUGUCCCGAACGUUGUAUGAAUCUUCUGUUGCUAAAACACAUCAGCAGUGGAUGUCUCAGUAUGGACGCUCCUACGUUGAUGACGCUGAGAAGGAGAAACGCUUCAAAAUAUUUAUGGAGAACUUGGAAUACAUAGAGAAAUUCAACAAUGCUGGGAAUUACAGCUACAAGUUGGGCCUGAACCAGUUUUCGGAUUUAACUGAAGAAGAGUUCAUUGCUUCACAUACCGGAUUCAAGAUUAAUUCAAGGAAACCAUACUCGUCAUCCUCCGCUCCACUCUUGAACCUGAGAGAUGUUCCAGAAAGUUUGAACUGGAGAGAGAAAGGUGCUGUCACCAAAAUUAAGGACCAAGGCCGAUGUGGGAGCUGCUGGGCAUUUUCAGCUGUCGCGGCAAUAGAAGGCAUAAACCAAAUCAACACUAAGAAGUUGAUCUCAUUGUCAGAGCAACAGCUAGUGGACUGUGAUACGAAAAACGACGGGUGUAAUGGAGGCCUCAUGGACACUGCUUUCAAAUAUAUCAUACAAAACCAGGGCAUCGCCAUGGAAAGAGAUUACCCAUACCAAGGAGCUGCUGGAACAUGCCAGAAUGAGAUGACAGCCGCAGCUAAAAUAAGUGAUUUUGUAGAUGUAGCUCAAAACGAUGAAGAACAACUUCUACAAGCUGUGGCCAAUCAGCCAGUGUCAGUUGGCAUUGCUGUGAAUAAUAACUUUCGCCAAUAUAAUGGAGGGUUAUUUGAAGGACCAUGCGGAACUCAUCUCAAUCAUGGGGUUACUGUAAUUGGUUAUGGGAGUGAAGACGGCAAAAAGUACUGGUUGAUCAAGAAUUCAUGGGGUGAGCAGUGGGGAGAUGGUGGAUUCAUGAAGUUGCUGAGGGAAGGUGGUGAUCCUCAGGGUCUUUGUGGCAUCGCUAUGCAAGCUUCUUAUCCGAAGAUCUAGUUUCCUAUGAAAUUUAUACAAUCUCGGAUCAGUUCGUGCGGCUUUGUUGUUUUAGUAAUAAUAGGUUUACGCAUACUGUCUCGAAAUCAAGUUUUCUGUCUUUUUCCAUAUUUCCAAAUUAGGUUUUGUCUCAUUUAAUAUGAAUUUUCAAGUUAUUAGCAUUGUAUCGGGAUUGAAUCUAUCAAUCAAUAAAUUAUAGAUAU